CAGCAAAAAAGUAUUUGUAACUUUCUGCCAUGGAUGGCCCCUAAAUAACUUCUUUCUCCUUAUCUCUCUCUCUCUCCAUUUCUCUUUCUCUUCUCCACUACGAAAUUCUCCGCAAAUAACUCUGUAAUCGUCAUCAUCUUCUUCGUUUACCUCCAUAAAUCGUUCCAGAAGCUUCGUUUCCAGGCACAAAAGAGAAUUGAGAAUAAUUCAAGAGGGGUGAUGUCUCCACCGCUGCUAAGUAUUGGGGAUGACGAGGGCCAAAGCAAUGUUAAGCUUAUGGCUUCUCCUAUCUCCCUAGAGAGUGUAUGCCAGAAUGGAGCAGGGCUGAAGGAGUGGAACUAUAUGGGAUUGUCCGACUGUUCGUCUGUGGAUAGCUCCAACAUUUCUUCCACAUCAGAAAACAAUAGCGAGUGUGGACUGACUUUCAGGGCAACUGAGCUCAGACUUGGACUUCCUGGAUCGCAAUCUCCAGUCAGGGAUGCCGAUCUUUGCCAUUUCAGCUCGACUAAGCUUGACGAGAAGCUACUCUUCCCACUGCGCCCUUCCAAGGAAAAUAACUUUGUUCUAUCACAGAAGGCUGUGGUUUCUGGAAAUAAAAGAGGGUUUUCUGAUGCUAUGGAUGGAUUCUCGGAGGACAAGUUUCUCUCUAGUUCAAGUGUCAAAACAUGUCAAAUGAAGGAGAACCAAGGCUCGCAACUGGCUACUAUGAAAGAUGGGCCAACCCAAAACACAAUGUUGGAGAGGCCUCGAGCUAUGAAUGAUAAUGUUCCAAAUCAAGACAGUGGUAGUGCUCCUGCAACAAAGGCUCAGGUUGUAGGUUGGCCUCCAAUUAGAUCUUACAGGAAGAACACAUUGGUUUCUGCUACAAAGAAAUCUGAAGAAGUUGACCGAAAAGCUGGAUCACCUGCUCUUCUUAUUAAGGUCAGCAUGGAUGGUGCACCUUAUCUGAGGAAAGUUGACCUGAGAAUGUACUCUGCUUACCAGGAACUCUCAUCUGCUCUCGAAAAGAUGUUCAGCUGCUUUACCAUAGGUCAAUAUGGAGCUCAUGGAACUACAGGAAAAGAGAUGUUAAGCGAGAGCAAAUUGAAGGAUUUGAUUCAUGGAUCUGAAUAUGUUCUAACAUAUGAGGAUAAGGAUGGUGAUUGGAUGCUUGUUGGCGAUGUCCCUUGGGAGAUGUUCAUUGAUACUUGUAAGAGGCUGAGAAUCAUGAAGGGUUCUGAUGCCAUUGGACUGGCCCCAAGGGCCAUGGAGAAAUGCCGAACCAGGAUAUAGGUGACAUAACCUGCACAUGAUUGAAGCUAUCCGCCACCCAACAAAUAUCAGAGGAACCUUCGGCUGUCUUUGGUUAAGAAGUUGCACAUUUACUAAUUGGGUGCUGGCUUCGGAUAGCCGAUAUCAUCGGUAGGCUCUAUUUACCUCAAUUAUAUUUUCGCUCACGUGAUUGAUUCAUAUUCCUUCUUCAGCUGUGUGUGCUGUAAUACUACUCAUAAUGUGAUGAAUUCCCAAGUUUCAUUAGAUGAAUAGUAUUAGGAUGUAAAGCCAGCCUGUUAUUGUUAUUGUUGAACU